AUGUCUGAUCAAAGCCCCAUUGAUGAUCCACUUGUUUCAUUCGACCAACAACAACAACAACAACAAUCAUCUCCAACAGUAACAACACCAACAAAACAAAAAACAAAUGAUCUUUAUGAUAAUCGAUCAUUUAAAGAUAUGGAUCCAUUUGGUAAUCAUAAUGGUAAUGAACCUCAUGAACAAGAAUAUCAUUCAAGUAAUGGUACUAAUAAGGAUGAACAUCAAAAUGGAACUAAUGGCAAUAAACAUGAUGAACAUCAUCCAUUUUCAUUAAAUAAUGAUCUUUUUCCGGUGGAUACAAAUGAAAAUGAAAAAGUUUCUUCACAUGAUUUUCAACCUCAUCAUUAUCAUCUUCAUGAAUUUUCAACACGUAAAAAUGAAGAAUCAGAAGAUUCAUCAUUAAAUUUUAAUUCAAAUCGUAAUGGUGAUGUAACAGACAAAAGUACACUUUUACUUGAACUUGAUCCUAAUGCACCUGAUUUGGAUCGUAUACAUGCAGAUAAAAAAACGGGUUUGACACCAUCACCAACUAACGAUGUAUCAUCACCACAGCAUAAUAAGAAUGAUAUUUCUCUUGAUGUUACUGACAGUUCAUCUGAAGCAGAUAUAGUUAAACAUGAACAACAAUUGGAUUCAACAAGUUUUACUAAUCCACCAAAUGAUAUUAUUUUAAUAUCACCAAUCAAAGAACAUAUUCAUUCUCCUGUUAAAGAUGAUAUAAAUAAAGAAAUUCAUUCACCAAUCAACAAACGACCAGAUGAUUUACAAUUAUCAGUUAAGCAACAAUAUGAUGAAAAUCUAUCAUCACCUAUCAACCAACAACAUGAAGAUACUCAAUCACCAGUUAAAGAUAAACAUCAUGAAGAUAUUCAUUCUCCUGUCAAGCACGAACAACAUGAAGUAGUGCAUUCACCAAUCAAAGUACAACAAGAAGAAAAUCUUCAAUCAUCUGUUAAUGAACAACAUGAAGAAAUUCAUUCACCAGUUAUGCAACAACAUCAUGAAGAUUUACAAUUUCCAGCUACGGAACAACAAUAUGAAAUUAUACCAUCACCUGUCAAUGAACAACAUGAAGAUAUUCAAUCAUCAUUGAAAGAUGAACAUCAUGAAGAAAUUCAUCAUUCACCUAUUGAAGAACAACAAUAUGAAGAAGUUCAUUCACCAGUCAAAGAACAUCAAGAUGAAAUUCUUCAAUCGCCUGUUAAAGAACAACAUGCUGAAAAAAUUCAUUCACCCGUUAUGGAACAACAUCAAGAAGAUUUACAAUCAUCAGUUGCAGAACAACAAUAUGAAAUUAUUCCAUCACCUGUCAAUGAAAGUGUUCAUUCGCCAGUAGCAGAUAAACAUCAAGAAGAUAUUCAUUCACCUGUCGACGAACAACAACAUGAAGAAGUUCAUUCACCAGUCAAAGAACAUCAAGAAGAAAUUGUUUCAUCACCUAUUAAUGAACAACAUGAAAAUAUUCAAUCACCAGUUAAAGAUGAACAUCAUGAUCAUAUUCAACAUUCACCUGUUGAAGAAAAACAACAUGAAGAAAUUCAUUCACCAGUUAAAGAACAUCAAGAAGAACUUCUUUCAUCACCUGUUAAGGAACAACAUGUUGAAAAUAUUCAUUCACCAGUUGAAGAGCAACAAGAUGAAAGUAUCUCAUCAUCAGUUAAGGACCAAUACGAGAUUAUUGAUUCACCAGUCAAAGAAGAACAACAUGAAUAUUUGACUUCACCUGUUAAAGAAGAAGCUCAAGUACUUUCCUCACCAGUUAAAGAAGAAGCACAACAACAACAACAUGACAAUAUUUCAUCAAGUAAUGAAGAAGAGAAGCCAUUGAAUGAUCAAGAAAAUGUAAUUAUAUCAAAUCAAUCGAAUGACCAUGAACAACCAUUAAAUAACGUUGAGGAAGGACGUUUAUUCAAUGAAGCAUGUGCAGAUGUUGAUAAUGCUGCUAAGGAAUUAGCAGCUAAAAUUGAUCUUGUUACUUCACCAUCACCACCGGCUACAUCAGAUCGACAACCACCACCAUUAUUUUCAGAUACAGACGCAGAAGCAAUAUCACCAGUUUUAGAAACAUCAUCAGAACAACCUCUAGCUUCUACUCAAUCAAAUGAUGAUGCUAAAAUACCAUUAACAACUGAAGAACAUGAGAAUGUUGAACAAACAAUACCAUCUGCUACUUCACCAAAAUUAGAUUCAACUUUACCAAUAACAUCUUCACCAACAGCUCCAGUAGCAGCAUCCCCUACUAAAGCUACUGCUUCAACAACAAAGAAACCUGCAAGUGCUGUACAUGCUACACGAUCAAGUCUUGCCACAAGAUCUAAACCAUCAUCUGCAGCAGCUGCUACAACCAAAAGUACAGAACAUAAACCACCAGCUGCAACAGCAGCAGCUGCAUCAUCUAAAACUACGGAACAUAAACCACAUGCCGCUGCAACAUCAAAAACUACAGAACAUAAACCGACUGUCGCUGCAACAUCAAAAACCGUUGAACAUAAAGCAACAGGUUCAACUACAAAAUCUACUGAACCAAAACCACCGACAUCGGUACGUAAACCUCCUCUAUCAGGAUCAACAGCUAGUGCAACAGCUUCUCAUAAACCAAAGGUAACACCAACUUCUCCAUCACAUGAAUUAUCAACAGGUCCUAAACCAACCCGUGAUGUUCCAACUAAAUCUACACCAUCUGCAGCAGCGGCAACAGCAGCUAAGCCUAAACCAACCGCUAGUUCUACAACAACAGCUGCAGCACGGUCGACAAUGAAACCAUCAGUACCAAAAUCUACUCGCCCAUCAACAGUUCAUAAAAGUUUGGAUGCCACUACAUCUGAUCAACAAACAACAAUACUUUCAACAGCUCCAGAAGGUAGUUCAUCAUCAACAUCUGCUGCUACUGCUGCAACAGCAGCUCCUGCUAGUGCAACAAGCAAACCGACUGCUCGACCACCACAAACUUCAACAAGACCACCAACAAAAACUGCUUCUGGUGGUGCCACUCAUGUUUCUUCACAUUCAACAGCUUCAACUGUUACAUCACGUGCAUCUACUUCAGCUAGUAAAACAACUGUUGCAAAAGAACGUCCAACAUCUCAUAAUCUUACUACAGCUACACGACCAGCUACAGCAACUAGUUCAUCAACUACCGUUGCUCCUCAACGUUCAACAAGUGCUAAUCGACCAACAACAUCUGAUGCAACAUCAGGUUCAGCACGUGAAAGUGCAUCCGGAACAACGGUGAGAUAA